AUGAAGCUCUUCCUACUAGUGUCUCUGCUUGGAUCAGCACUUGCCAGCACGGGAGAAUUCUCAUACAGUUCCUUCUCCACCGCUCAUGGACCGUUAGCCAGGAGCGCUCUAGCUUAUGGAGGCUAUGGAUCAUCUUCACUGACUGAAGUUUCUGGUUAUUCCGCAUCUGCUCCAGUUUACGCAGCUUCUCCAGUGACAGCAUAUGCAGCCCAUGCUCCAGUAGCAGCUUACGCAGCCCAUUCUCCAGUGACAGCAUAUGCUGCCCAUGGCCCAGCCUAUGCCACCUAUGCUUCUGCUCCAGCAGCCACUUAUGCAGCCCAUGCUCCAGUAGCAGCUUAUGCAGCCCAUGCUCCAGUGACAGCAUAUGCUGCCCAUGCCCCAGCCUAUGCCACUUAUGCUGCCGCUCCAGCAGCCACCUACGCAGUAGCUACUGCUCCAGCUUCCGCAGUUGUACCUGUUACCAGAGUAUCUGCUCAACCUGCUGUUGUACAGAAUGUUGUCGAUGUAGCACAGCCUAAGUUAGCUACCAGGCGUUUUGAGAUUCGUCGCCCUGCAAUCGAAAAACAGUUUUAUGAUGUCGAAGAACGUGUUGUAGUACGCCCAGCAGGUUCUGCAGUUGUCGAACUUGAGACACCCGUUGGUGCUGAUCAGCGUGGACCAACCAAGAUAACUCCAGCUGCUCCUCCAGUAGCCCUUCGCUCUUACAGUUCAGCUCACCUCGCCACCCACUUCACCCCAGCUGUUCUCCCAGCAUCACCUGUUGCUGUUUCUGCCAUCCAUCACCAUCCCCAAGUGAUUGAACAGAGUCAUGAAAUCCAACAAUACCCUCAGCAACAAGAACAAGUUCAGCAAAUCGAAUCUGAACAACAGAUUUCUGAGCAAUCCGAGUCCGUACAACAAAUUCCACAACAACAACCAAUUCCUCAACCAAGCUUACCACAACAAGAUGCACCUCAACAGCAAUUUGAUGAUUCCGAUUCAGUUUCCAUUGAGAAUCCUGAGUUUUCAGCCAGAAGUGGAUCAGUCUCUUCUUCUUCCUCUGGAAGUACACCAUCUCCUUUGUUCAGAGCUCAAUUAGCAGCAUUCCCUAGGGCUGAAGCACCUCUUCCUCAAUUUUCAAGGGAACAGCUAUUCGAACAGUCUAAUUCUCAAGGUUUGCCUUCUUUUUCAAGGAGUAGAGUAUCACAGUAUCUGCAGCCAGAACCCCUGCCGAUCCCACAGCAGAGGAGUGAAUUGUCACAAUCAACGCUAAGACCUGAAUACGUUUCAUCCCGUCAACAACAAGAAUUUUCAUUUGCCAGCAAUCAGUUUCAAGUAUCUAAUUCCAGAGCUGGAGCAUCUUUCAGACAAGGUGCAACUUCCCAACGACUGUUGGAAGGUGAUGUAGAAGUCAAUUCCUAUGGUUCCGAUAGAAUAAUUCCUUCUGCAAGGCACCUCUCCCCUGAACAAAGUCAAGCCAAUCAGGCACGUCUCAUCGAUCUGCUUACUGCCCGAGGACCUGUGUCAGAAGUUAGGUCUCCUUCUGAGCCAAUCCGUGGUCGUGUUAUUUCUGCCACCCCAGCUCCUCCAGGUGCUGAGCCUGCCGAUGAAAGGGUGAACACAAGGAGGAUCGUAGUGAACCGUCCAAUACAGACAGUUCAAGAAGUGGACGUUGUCGAACCUUUCACUAAAUUGGAAAGGGUAGCAGUUCAUCAACCUGCUCUUGUAAAGACAGCACAUGUUGAACUUGCACAUGUUCCUGCUGCUGUACAUACAGCUGUCCCCGUUGCUGUCACUGCUGCUCCUUACUACCACAAGUAAAUUGGUUCACAACGUUUCUCAACAAUAUCUGUGAUUCACUUAAGCUUCAAGCAUUAAUUAAAUUUGUCAAAAAAUACCAAGAAGAAAAGCAAUACAGGCAAAUACAUAUAAUGAAAUAAUGAUAAAAUACAGUAUUACUGAAUGUAAAAAGAAAUUCAGCCAUGUUAGAAAAUGAAAUAAAACAGACAGACAAUAUAAAGUAUUUUUAUUUAUAUUUUGUCAAGUGAUAGGAAUCUUUAUCUACAUUUAGAAACAUGAAUUUUAUUUAUUUAUUAUUUUUUUAAUUAUAGUGAAGUAAACAAACCAGUAUUUAAAAUGUAAUUAGAUAAAAUCAAAGGUUACCAAGUCAUGUAAAUUUGUGUUUUUGAACUUAUCUAGUAAUAAAUAUUUCAUUUAUGAUAUAAUGUAAC